GUCUGUCUGUCUGUCUGUCUGUCUGUCUGUCUGUCUGUCUGUACACACAAAAAUGCCCUCAGUGUCAUUCUCCAGUGGAAAGUGAUUGAUACUCUGCAAAAUAGAUGCUUACUUUUUAUUAUGCUGUCCGUUUUGGAAAGACAAUAAGCCAUUAUUUUUGAAGACUGUCUUAUGUCCUAGCUUUGAUACAGACUACAUUCUCUUAUGCAAAGGUACAGGCAAAGGUCUCCUUAACACCCUCUUCCAACAGUGAUUCAGAGCACUCCCUUCUUAUACAUCUCAGCUGCUCACUUCCAAAGGGGGAUCUAUAACCCCAUCCCCCAGUGUGAACAUCAACAGAGGUUUUGACAGAGCCUUCCUCUUAAUAUGCACCCCAGCCACUCACUCUAAGACACAGACAAAGGACCUUUUUUUAACCCCAAUCCCCUUAGUAUGGCCAGCAACAGUGAUCUUCUCAGAAUGUUCUGUUAUUCAUUCAGCUGAUUCUAUUGUAGAAGCCAAAAUGCAGGUAAAAUGAGAGUGAGAGUGAGUAUAAAGGAAGAACGAUCACAUCUUUUGUUGAUGUUCACAUGGUAGAAGGAGGGUGGAGAGGAACUUUUUGCCCAGUUCUCUACUCAUCCAGAGUAGGUGGAGGGACUGUUUCUUUGCCCAUGUUCAAUUCAGAAUAUAGCGCCUUAAACUUUAUUAAAUAUUAUAGCUGUAAAGGUUGGUGUGUCACUAGAAUUAAAAAAAACUAUAUAUUUUUUACAAAUACCAAAUGCAUUUUGACGGUAAAUUGAUCUUAUUCAGUCACAAUUACACACACACACACACACACUGGGGGGACAACCCAUCCUCUCAACCUACUCUGCUUUGUAUAAUCUGCUAUAUAUCUUGGAAAGUUGUUUAGUUGUCCAUUUGCUAUGUAUUUGAACACUGCUUAGCAUAUCAUAACAAAUUUUCCAUCAUGAUUCCUGAGAUCAAGGGACAGGUCUUUGCCUAUAUUUGGAUAUAAUUAGCCAUCAUUUCUGAGUAACAUGAAGUACAAGGCUUCUAUGGAAACAAUAAUGGUGUAAAGUAAUGUCACCUGUGAAACAGACAGAACUUUACUUUUAUAUAGAUAAUAUUGGAGUCUGUGAAACAGCUAUACUGACUUCUAGUUUGUUUCUGGGCACAGUUUGAAGGACCUGAUAACCUUUAAAGUGCAAAUGGUUCAGAACCAGGAUAAGUGAAAGCCCAUCUUCUCAUAUGCAAGCAUGCUCACCUAUUUAGAUAAUCUGCAUAUUAUGUGUCCCUUUAUUUCUGGAAAUACACUCCAUUGGGAGGACCUUUUCUGAGGACCUUUUCUAUGGCUGACCUUGGCUUGAAUAUUCUCUCCCAAGGGAAGAAGUUCUCACAACUUGGUCAACGGCUUUCUUCAAAUAUUAAAAUAAUCCUUGUUAAGAAAACUUUUGGUUUGUAGAAUUGGUUUUUAACACUUCAUAAAUUACACGUUCACCAUGCAUUCUAAAGUUGUCUUUUUCUAACACUUUCACCAUGCAGGCAAUCACAUAAUUUGCCUUAAUAUACCCAGCAUUCUGCAAUGUUAAGAUCAUUUAAAAAAAUGAAUCUGGGCUUCAUCCAGCCAUUUUGGGUUCUGUUCUUUAAAGCACUGUACAGUGGAUUCUUCCUCACCACUGUGAAAAUGGUUGAGAACAUUGGCUGCUAAUGGCAAUUCCACAGUGAAAGGAACACUGGCUAAUAUUCUCCUUAAACAUCUAAUGCAGGAAGAAAGUUGAAUGUUUUUAUAAAAGCAGCACGUUUCUGCAUCUGAAGUAAAAUAAACCAGAACUUUGUUUAUCAAAGUAAUUAUUCUCAGGGGAGGCAAUGGGAAAGAUGGAGGCAAUUAUGAAUGACCUUGAUUUGUAUAGUCACUGAGAACUUCUGAAUCAGUGGCUGACACAAUCAUAGCUUCAUUUUAAAUACAGCUUUUUUGUUUUAACGUUCCAGCCAUGACUACAUGCUCAUGAGGUUUUGAACUGGUGGGGUUGUGGUGGAUAGUUCGACGUAGAUGUUGACCCAGUGUGCAGCAGCUGUGAAAAUGGCAAAUUCCAUGCUAUGCUUCACUAGGGAAUGAACUGAUUGUAAAACUGUCAAUAUCAUAAUACCAUUAUGCAAAGAGGAGCGGGUAGUACUGUGGUCUAAACCACUGAGCCUGUUGGGCUUGCUGAUCGGAAGGUUGGCGGUUUGUAUCCACACAACGGCGUAAGCUCCCGUUGCUCUGUCCCGGCUUCUGCCAGCCUAGCAGUUUGAAAGCACACCAGUGCAAGUAGAUAAAUAUGUACUGCUGUGGUGGGAAGGUAAACGGCAUUUCUGUGUGCUCUGGCACACAUCACGGUGUCCUGUUGCGCCAGAAGUGGUUUAGUCAUGCUGGCCACAUGACCUAGAAAGCUGUCUGUGGACAAAUGCCGGCUAAAAAAAAAAGCUAAAUACUUUUGGGUGAGGCCUAGAUCACAAUUCAUUUCCCUACUUUGCUACUUUUUUGUGUACAUGGUUUGUUUUUAUUUGUUUUUCAUUUGUAUUACUUACGUUGUUGUAACUCACCCUGGAAUUUUAGGAUGAAGGGUUAAUAAUAAUAAUGGCCUGAUUAAACAUUAAAUGCAUGUAACAUUACCGUGAUGUCACUUUUUAAACAGGAGAACUUUUUAAACCAGAGAAGCAGUUGGGAUUGGUGAAGCAGCAGGAAGGCUUAACCCUCUCUGCUUCCAUUUUCUUGCACUAAAUCACCUCUCCAAAAAUAGCUUCUCACUAAAAUAUGUAUCAGAGCAAUGUAACAUCCAGUAGUGUGGAAAAUUUUAUACAGAGGAAAUCAGUUAGAUAUCCUAUUCUGCCACCAGCAGUUUGAAUCUGUACAAUUCCAGUAGGGCUGUAUCACAUAAUCAUUCUAAAUAUUCAAAACUAGCAUGAGAACUAGCACAAUAUUAUCUUACUUUGGGUUGAAACACUACUGAACAUGAAGUAGAAGGAUAUAUGUUUUCGAAGUGACAGAGGCAUUUCAGUACAGUAUGUGGAUUGAUUUACAGUACUUGUGCAAACUGAAAAAUUGUUCUUAAUAAUGCUGGCAUCAGGGUUCUCAAGUUUGAUAAGCACCAUAGCUGUCAACUUCCGGAUUGGAAAAUAAGGGAUCAUCAGCAGCGUGGCACCAGAAGUCACUUCUGCACAUGUCCAGACAUGCACAGAAGGGACUUCUGGUGCUGGCUCUGCCCAAUUUCCGGCGCCCAGACAUGGACAGAAGCUACUUCCGGUGCUGGGCUGCCCGUGUCCGCAUGUCUGGGCACCAGAAAUCAGGCAAUUUCAAUUCGGGAUAACAGCGGGAAACAUUUAAAUAUGGGGGUUUCCCGCGAAAAACGGGAGACUUGACAGCUAUGAUAAGCACAUGCUGAAAAGUCCGUUUGUUUCAUUCGAAAGCACGAAGUGCAAGUAGAUAAAUAGGUACCGCUCCGGUGGAAAGGUAAAUGGCGUUUCCAUGCGCUGCUCUGGUUCGCCAUAAGUGGCUUAGUCAUGUGGCCAUAUGACCUGUAUGCUGGCUGCCUCGGCCAGUAAAGCGAGAUGAGCGCUUCAACCCCAGAGUCGUCCAUGACUGGACCUAAUGGUCCCUUUACCUUUACCUUUAGCAAUAAACACAGAUAUUAGAUAGUAAAUCCUGUUUAAAAACUAGGGCUUGCCAACACUUUCCAUUAAACUAGAAUCUCCAAACAUAGCAAUCCAGUCAGUCUUAUAAACUGCCUUAAAGUGUGGAUCAGACCACUUGCCCAAUGUUGUCCAUGCUGACUGGCAGCAGCUUUCCAUUUUCUCAAGCAGAGUUAUUUUCAAGUCUUGUUACUUGACAACUUUCUUUUUAAGUGGGAGAUGACAGGGAUCGAGCCUCAGACCAUGAGCUUCCUAACGUGUGCUCUCUCUCACUGUGCUGCUUCUUUCUCGGCUUUGAUUUAGCAGUGAGAACCGCAAAGGUAACGAAAUACAGAGACACCUGCAUAAAAUACAUUCACCAGUGGGUGACGUGCAUUCCUUUAGAAUACUGGCAUUGCCAGGAGAAGGUUGCUCUUCCUUAGGUGCAAACUCCUCCUAUUACUGUCCUAGAGUUCCACCUACAAUCCAGGCCAGUGUGUUCUGAAAGCAGCUCACCCUCUUAACUUUUACUGGAAUAACUCAGAGGACAAACUGCAGGAACCUUCUUCAGUAACCUCUGCUUCACCCCUUUUAAGCUAUCUUGGAUGAGUAUUACAAUGUGAAAUUCUGCAUUGAUGCCAGUCAGCCAGAUGUAGGAAACUGGCUGAAGUAUAUCAGAUUUGCUGGAUGCUAUAAUCAGCCCAACCUUGUUGCAUGUCAAAUAAGUGAUCAGAUAUAUUACAGAGUGGUGAAAGACAUUGAAGCUGGAGAAGAGCUCCUUCUGUUCAUGAAGACUGAAGACUAUUUACAUGAUCCUAUGGCUCCAGACAUUCAUGAGGAGCGUCAAUAUCGGUGUGAGGACUGUGACCAGCUGUUUGAGUCCAAAGCAGAUCUCGUGGACCAUCAGAAAUUCCCAUGCAGCACACCUCACUCAGCAUUUUCGAUGGUGGAUGAGGAAUUUCAGCCAAAGCUUGACAAGGAGAAUGACCUCCAUGAUAUGCAUGACAUUCAAGAGUGCAAAGAAUGUGACCAAGUGUUCUCUGAUGUGCAAAGCUUAGAAAAGCACAUGCUAUCGCACACCGAAGAGAGGGAGUACAAGUGUGACCAGUGCCCCAAAGCCUUUAACUGGAAAUCCAACUUGAUACGCCACCAGAUGUCCCAUGACAGUGGGAAGCAUUAUGAAUGCGAAAACUGUGCCAAGCAGGUUUUCACGGACCCCAGCAACCUCCAGAGACACAUUCGUUCGCAGCACGUUGGGGCUCGUGCGCAUGCUUGUCCAGAGUGUGGUAAAACUUUUGCCACUUCUUCAGGCCUCAAACAGCACAAACAUAUCCACAGCAGUGUCAAGCCUUUUAUAUUAUGCCGCCCUGGCUUGGGAGCAAACUCACCAACACCAACUCACCAACACAAAGGUGAGGUCUGCCAUAAGUCCUAUACUCAGUUUUCAAACCUUUGCCGUCAUAAGCGUAUGCAUGCUGAUUGCAGAACCCAAAUCAAGUGCAAAGACUGUGGACAAAUGUUCAGCACUACGUCUUCCUUAAAUAAACACAGGAGAUUUUGUGAGGGCAAGAACCAUUUUGCGGCAGGAGGAUUUUUUGGCCAAGGCAUAUCACUUCCUGGAACCCCAGCUAUGGAUAAAUCUUCCAUGGUUAAUAUGAAUCAUGCAAAUCCGGGCCUUGCUGACUAUUUUGGUGCCAAUAGGCAUCCUGCUGGUCUUACCUUUCCAACAGCUCCUGGAUUUUCUUUUAGCUUCCCUGGUCUGUUUCCUUCAGGCUUGUACCACAGGCCACCUUUGAUACCUGCUAGUUCUCCUGUUAAAGGACUUCCAAACACAGACCAAUCAAUCAAAAGUCAAAGUCCCCUCAUGACACAUCCUCAGACACUGCCAGCUACCCAGGAUAUUUUGAAGGCACUAAAUAAGCACCCACCUAACCUAAGUGAAAAUAAGCCAGUGGAGCUUCAACCAGAAAGGUCCUCCGAAGAGAGGCCGCAUGAAAAGAUCAGUGACCAGUCAGAGAGUAGUGACCUUGAUGAUGUCAGUACCCCCAGUGGGAGUGACCUGGAGACCACCUCUGGCUCUGAUCUGGAAAGUGACAUUGAAAGUGAUAAAGAGAAAUGUAAAGAAAAUGGUAAAAUGUUCAAAGACAAAGUAAACUCUCUGCAGAAUUUGGCUUCCGUAAAUAAUAAGAAAGAAUACAGCAAUCAUUCCAUCUUCUCACCAUCUUUAGAGGAGCAAACUGCGGUGUCAGGAGCUGUGAAUGAUUCUAUAAAGGCCAUUGCCUCUAUUGCUGAAAAGUACUUUGGUUCGACAGGACUUGUGGGGCUACAGGACAAAAAGGUUGGAGCCUUACCUUACCCUUCCAUGUUUCCCCUCCCAUUUUUUCCAGCAUUCUCUCAGUCAAUGUACCCAUUUCCUGAUAGAGACUUGAGACCGUUACCUUUGAAAAUGGAACCCCAAUCGCCAGGUGAAGCAAAGAAGAUCUUAAAGGGAAACUCCGAGUCUCCCUUUGACCUUACCACUAAACGUAAGGAGGAGAAACCACUUACUCCUAUAACCUCAAAACCAGCAGCUCCAUCAGUGACCAACCAGGACCAGCCUCUAGAUUUGAGUAUGGGCAGCAGAAGUCGAGCUAGUGGUACAAAACAGACUGAGCCUCGGAAAAACCAUGUGUUUGGAGGAAAGAAAGGAGAUAUUGAUCUUGAAUCAAGGAAGUCAUCGGACAUCUCUUUGCAACAUGCAAGGCCGACACCUUUCUUUAUGGAUCCCAUUUACAGGAACGUCGAUCUCCACUGCAAUCAAAGGUGUUUCACUCAAGAACUCAAAACACGUUGUACCAUAGCAACACAACGUGGAACUCAAGGAGUAGAAAAAAGAAAGCUAACUGACCCGCUUGAAGCUUUAAAAGAAAAGUACUUGAGACCAUCCCCGGGAUUCUUAUUCCACCCACAAUUCCAAUUGCCUGAUCAAAGAACUUGGAUGUCAGCUAUAGAAAACAUGGCUGAAAAGCUAGAGAGUUUUAGUGCCCUGAAACCAGAAGCCAGUGACAUCAUGCAAUCUGUCCCUUCCAUGUUCAACUUCAGAGCUCCUCCCAGCACCCUGCCAGAGAACCUUCUUCGAAAAGGCAAAGAGCGCUAUACCUGCAGAUACUGUGGCAAGAUAUUUCCAAGAUCUGCAAAUCUUACCCGUCACCUGAGAACACACACUGGAGAACAGCCUUACAGAUGCAAAUACUGUGACAGGUCUUUUAGUAUAUCGUCUAACCUGCAGAGACAUGUUCGUAACAUCCAUAAUAAGGAGAAACCCUUCAAAUGUCACUUAUGUGACCGGUGCUUUGGCCAACAAACCAACUUAGAUAGACAUCUCAAAAAACACGAGAAUGGCAACAUGUCUGGUACCGCUACAUCUUCACCUCAUUCUGAACUUGAAAGCACAGGUGCUAUCCUAGAUGACAAAGAAGACUCAUACUUUACUGAAAUUCGUAAUUUCAUUGGGAAUAGCAACCACAACAAUUCAGAAGAAAGAAUUAAUGGAAGUCACUUUAAGGAUGAAAAGACUCUGGUGACAAACCAGAACUCAGACUUGUUGGAAGAUGAAGAAGCAGAAGAUGAAGUAAUGAUGGAUGAAGAAGAUGAAGAAAGUGAGAUAACAGGGGGGUCAGUUAAAGAACCAGCUGUAAGCAACAUAUGUGAAGAGGGUGACUAUGAAGAAGCAAAUGCUUUGGAAAUGAAUUGCAAGACUUCUCCUGGCAGGUAUAAGGAAGAUGAGUUUAAUAAAACUGGACUUUCUGCGUUGGACCAUAUAAGGCACUUCACCGAUAGCCUCAAAGUGAGGAAAGUAGAAGAAAGCCAGUUCAGUGAAGCUGAACUGGCAGCGUUUAGCACCUCCCAUCUGCCAGAAGACUUAAAGCAGCCAUUGUGUCGCAAGUCCAAAUCCCAGGCCAUUGCUAUGAUGCUUUCACUCUCUGACAAGGACUCGCUCCACUCUGCACCCCACAAUUCAUCCAAUGUGUGGCACAGUAUGGCAAGAGCUGCUGCAGAAUCCAGUGCCAUCCAGUCCAUUAGUCAUGUAUGACACCGCCAAAUGUAACAGGAUUGGGACCAAGUCCAAACUAGCAACAUGGCUCUUUGCUAGAAGACUAUUUAAAAGACUGCAGAGCAGAAUGCCUUAGAAAUCUGAUGGGUCACAUUUAAAGUCAGGUGACCUUAAACUGAAUGAUUUGAAAGAAAGAAAGAAAACUAUUUAUUCUCAAUCUUUUGUUUUGCACAGCGAAGGCAGCUGCUGACAUUUUGAGGAUCAAUGCGACUUUCAAAAUACAUGGAUCAAAUAGACCUUGUUGGGGAAUAUGUGUCUUCCGUGCCACCUGCUUGGGGAGGGACUUAUGGGUUAAGACGUGUAUUGUUACACACACAUUAGCACUCCUUUAAACUAAAACAGAAUUGGUUUUUCCUUUUUGAGUCCCCCCCCCCCAAAAUGUAGAAUGUUAAUUGUAGGCAGGAUUAGGAAAUUAGGAACAGUUGCUUUUCUAUACAAAUCCUCUUCAUCUAUGCUUUAUGCGUUUGAAACCAUUUAAGGAAGACAGAACUGUUCCCUCGAAUGUACAUCAACCAUUAAUCUAGAACCUAAUGACAAGGAAUAUUUUGCCCCCUCCUUAACUUUUGCCUUCUGAACUGCAUUGUAAAAAUAAAGAACCACAUGAGACAAUAAUGUAAGACGUCUGUGUAUAUUGUAAAAAAAGAAAAAAAACUUGGGAGUGUUCAGCAAUUAAAGGAGGUGAGUCUUUCAGCAUACUACAUGCAAAAGACCACAGUCAUCAAACAUACCACUAUACUGUAGUUCAAUGUUUCCCUGAUCAAUGUAAUGGCAUUUUAAUUUUAGACAAUCAUGUCACUGUUUUGUUUGUUUUAUUUUGUUGGUGUUCAUUUGUUGCUCUUGAUUUCUUUCUUUAUUGGUAUUGCGUGUACAUGUAUUUAUUUGUUGGCAAACAAUUGUUUGUGGAUUAAGAAAAAAGCACUCUUGCUAAAUGUAGCACUGUUCAUAUGAAAUUAAUAGCACUGUUCCAGUUUUCUCCAACCCCACCCCACGUCAUUUUUCUGGGCACCCAUGGACUUAAAAAAGGAGGCAAACUGAUCUGCAUAUAUGUUCGUGCAAACAGUGUUUAAAAAAGAUUUCUUACAUUCCUCUUUUACUAUCAUUUUUUUUCCUUUUACUGAAACUAAAUAAUGAAUAGAGGUGAUUUAGAGAUUUUUUUGUAAUACAGCAAAGAUGAUUCAAAUGUAUAAAGCAUUCUAAUUUUUUCUUCAUGAAAGCAUGAUUCUUCUGAUUAAAAAAGAAAAACUGUACCCAAUAUUUUAUGCCGGUUGUCUGCGAGCUUGUGUGAUGUUACGUUCAUGUUAAUCCUAUUUGUAAAAUGAAGUGUUCCAAACUUAUGUUUAAAAAAGAAAACCCCCAAUAAAUAAAUGAAUUGUAUUCAGUUAUUUUGUGGGAAGGGGCGGGAGGGGGCCAAGAAUUUCGCCCUUUUGGUGAGGGACCAGAUUUUAUUUUCCUUUUUGUUUAUUAUCUCAUUUUGAAAUAACCAGCAAGUUGAGGUACUUUCUUUAAAUGCUUUGUACAAUGUAACUGUUAUGCAUUUCAGUACAUUACUAUGGGAGGAUCAAAUUUAAAAAAAUAAAGGAUUACAAAAUGAAGACA